AUGCAGGCGAGAGAGGCGAGUCGAACCUGGAAGAGCCGCGGACUAAGAGCUUCCGCUCUCGGAAUCCGAAGCCUGGAUUCCAACGGCUUGGCCAAGAUCCCUGGGAUCGGACGGCUGGAAGCAGCUGGGCUGUUUCAGAUGCAAAAGAUCAAACGGCUGGUAUGCGUUCAUCGGGGGAUCGGACGGCGGAGGGGGAUCGCAGACGGAGCGACGGGGGAGGGAGGGGUAGAAUGGGAGGUGGGAGAGGGUGGGACAGGCGGAAUGAGGGAGGCAGGGAGUGGGAGGGCAGGAAGGAAGGAGAUAGGGAGGGUGUGGGAAGGAGGAGGGAGUGGGAGAGUAGAGCUGGGGGUGACAGCGAGGUACAGAGGGGGAGGGGAGAGGGGAGGGGAUGGGAGAGUAGGAGCGGCGGUGGGAGGGAGUGGGAAAAGAGGGGAAUGGCGAGGGAGUGGGGGAACGGGAGAGAGGAGAACAGAAGCGGGGGGGGCGGAGAGUGGGGGAACAGAAGCGGGGGUGGCGGAGAGUGGGGGAACAGAAGCGGGGGUGGCGGAGGGCGGGGGGAGAGGGGCGGCGUUAGAUCAUGGGAGCAGCGCGGGUCGAGGAGCAGCCGAGAGCAUGAGAUGGAGAAGCGGGAGCGGAUGGGGCAGGGGGGGCGAGGAGUGGGGGAUGGCGCAAGUAGCGGGAGCGGUGGCAGGGGGAGCUGGGGGGACAGGGGGAGCAGGGAGGACAGGGGGAGCAGGGAGGACAGGGGUGAACGGGGGGGAAGAGGGGGAAGGGGAGGAAGGGGGAGCAGGGAGGGGAGGAGCAGCUGGGAGGGCAGGGGGAGCAGUGGGGGGAGGAGCAGCUGGGGGGAACGGGGGAGCAGGGGGGGAAGGGGGGCCAGAGGGAGCGGUGGGGGGAGGGGGCGCGGAGGGGGCAUGGGGGGCAGAGGGGACAUGGAGAACGGGGAGAGUAUGGGGGAGAUUGGCAGGGGGAGUGGCAGCAUGGCAGGCGCGCGGAGGAAUAGGGGAGCGGCGGAAGGAGGGCGGAAGGUGGGGGGGGGUAGGGGUGAAAGGGGCGGAAAAGGGAGAAGGGGGAGAAGGGGCGGAGGCGGCGGAGGGGAAGGAGGGGUACAAGGGGGUAUUCUGGGUGAGUGGAAGUGGGUAUAAGGGCACGGGGAGGGAUCGACGGCGCGAUGUGAGUGGCGCUCUUGGCACCACUGGGGAUGGGGAGAGGUGGAUGGAGGGCGGGGAUGAGGGGGAGGAGGAAGAAGAAGAAGAAGAUGAGGAUGAGGAAGAGGAUGAGGAGGAGGAGGAGGAGGAGGAGGAGGAGGAGGAGGAAGAGGAGGAAGAGGAGGAAGAAGGAGAAUAUGAGGAGGAUGAAGAGGAAGAGGGGGAGGAGGAGGGAGAGGAGAGAGGAUGGAAAAGGAAAGAGACUGGGAUGAAGGUGGCGUGGCUGAUUGAUGAGCUGGCGGUGCUGCGGCCGGCAGCGAUCGUGAAGCUGCUGAACGCGCAGCGGGCGUGGAUAGGGAUGGAGCAUGUGGAGGGGGUGGUCAGAGGGCUGCUGGAGAGAAAGGAGACUCUGCGUGCAAUUCGGGCGCUCAAGUGGGCGCGCCAAACCGCCUUCUACGCACCCAUCCCCGCCCUCUACGCCGACCUGCUGGACGCAGCAACGGCCAAUCAGCACGUGCCACGCGCGCAGGAGCUUUUCGACAUGAUGCUGGCCCACGGGCUGGUGCCCCCUAGAAGAAACUACGAGGGGCUAAUCAGAAUGUUCCUACGAGAAAGCCGGCGGUUGCAGGAGGGGAAGGGUCCGAGUUGGGAAGGGGAGGAGGAAGACGGAACCGGAGGGGUACUUGACAGUCAAGAUAGGAGCAGAGCGGUGGAGAGUGGUGGAGAGGCUGGGAGAGGGCCCGGGGGAUUCAAGGGGUUUAAGGAGAUGAAACAGGCUGAGAAGGCGGCGGCAGAGGUGGAGAGGGGUUGGGAGGUUUACCGGCAGAUGAAGCAGUUUGCAGAGCUCACUCCCAGCAGGGCCAUACAGGAGGAGCUGUGGGCUGUUCUCACUCUCAGGGGUGGCUCUGGGCGGCACUUGGUUAAGGCUGAAGAGCUGUUGAGAGAUAUGGAGGCUGGGGAGGGGAUGGAGGACGGGGAAGGGGAAGGGGAGGGGGAGGGGGAUGGGGAGGAGAGUGAAGUGGGGGAUAAGGAAAUGGAAAGGGUGCGAUCCCCCGCCGAUUCUCGUGUGCGUGCCGCCCGGUAUGCACUACUGUUGCGCCAUGCUGGCCUUGCAGGUGACGUGGCACGCACGGAGAAUCUGCUCUCGCGGAUGCGGACGGUGGGAAUACCGCCGAAUUCCGCCGCCCUGGAGGCGCCAGUUGUCGCGUGUGCAUUGGCCGGAAAGCGGAGGAAGGAUUGGGAGGGAGGGGGGGUGGGUGGGGGAAAGGGAGGUAAGGAGGGGAUGAAAGAGGGCGGAGGAGGAGAAAGGCUGUUGAGUUUGGCAGAGAGAGCUGAAAAGGGGAUUGAAGAGCUUGAAAGCGAAGGUUUUCUGCCCGGGCAGGUGGUGUUGACAGCGCUGAUGGAAACUUACAACCAUGCCGGGCAGCACGAAAAAGUUUUGCAAGUGUGGCCGAGAGUGCUGGAGGCUGGAAGCAAAUUUUCUAAGCGCGUGAAACAAGAUGAUGUCGACAGGGGGGAGGGGGGAGAAGAGGAAAGGGAGAGGGGAGAAGGGGAAGAGGAGGGGGUGGAACGGGAAUUGGAGGGUGGGGGCCAGGGGUCACGAGAUAGACUAGCAGAUGACAAAGCGGUGAUGGUGAGAGCUUAUAACGCGUAUGUGGAGGGGGUGGUGGGUGCAGGUGAGAUGGGGAGGGCGGAGGAGGUGGUGGGGGAGAUGGCAGCUGAGGGGAUCCCUGGGUUGCACCUGAGGGAGGCUUAUCUGUCCCUGCUGAGAGGGUAUGUGCGGAUGGGUGGGGGAGGGGCAGGGGGGGUAGUGGACGGGAUAGAGCAGGGAGAGGGGAUGGGAGAAGGUGGGGAAGGGGAAUGGAUGGGAGGGGAGGGUAGGGACGAGGCACGGAAGGCUUUGGAUGCGGUUGGUGGGUGUUUCCGAACCAUGGUUCAGGCUCGGUGCGAGCCGAACCAGGAGGCUUGGAACCUGUACAUCCGUGCGUUGAUCCAGGCUGGGGAGAUCAGAGAAGCUAUGAAGGUGUACAGAGCGAUGCAGAGCAGUGAUGAGGCAACCAAGAAGAGAAAGGAGAAGAGCAAGGGUGGGGGGAGGAAGAAGGGGAAGGGGGUAGGGGCGGGUGCAGGGACGAGCACAGAGGGGGGUGAGGGGAUGGGUGAAUCAGGGAGGGUUACGGUGAUUGGGUCGGGUUUGGAAGGAGGUUUGGCAGUCAGGUUCGGGCCGAACCAGGAGACGUACAACAUGGUGAUAGCUGCUGCUGGUGCAGCUGGUGAUGUUGACACGGUGCGAUCCAUCUAUACUGAUCUUAGGGGCGGUGUUCCUCUUGCUGCCCGUGCUCCUACUGCUGGUGCUUCUGCUGCUGCUUUCGAGGUAGGGGACACAGAGGAAGAGGGGGAAGAAGAGGGAGAAGAGGAUGAAGCAGGGGGGGCACUGGUGCGAAGCGCGCCCGCAAAGCUUAAAGCUAGACUACUCGGUUUGGCGAGGGAAGCCGCCCUGCGAGCGGUCGGCAGACGUCGUCUGCUAGCAGACGAGUCAGCAGGGCUGAAGCUCUCGCAGGAGCAGCGGCAGAUCUUAUCUGGGCUGAUCCUCGCUGGCGCUGACGUGGCGAGCGAUGACGGGGCCGCGACGGCGGCGGUGCGGUUUGCAGUGGCGGCGGGGGAGGAGAGGAGGGAGCGGGUGAUAGAGCACCUGUAUGAGUUGUUUGGGGAGUGGGCUGCUGGACCCAUCGUGGAGGAGGAAGUGAGUGUGGAUGGGGGUGGGGAGGAGGGCGGGGAGGUGAGUGGGGAGGCGGUUGGAAGGAUGAUGGGGAGGGAGGAAGGGGAGGAAGGGGGUGAGAGGGAGGAGGGGGGGAACGGGGAGAGAGAGAGCGAGGAGGGUGACUGGAAGGAGCAGGCAGUGGAUAAUUUCAGGGAGACGGGCAGCAUGGGCAGCUCGGGCAGCACAGUGGGCAGGACGCAGCGGGUGCUGACGUUCAGCACGGUGCCGCACCCCUCGCUGGUGUUCUACCUGCACCAGUACCGCCCUGAGAAGCAGGAUGGGCGGGCCGUUGUGCCCCGCCUCGUGCACAAGUGGCUCACCCCGCGCGCCCUCGCCUACUGGUACAUGUACGCUGGUCAACGCGGUCAACCCGGUCAACGGGGAAAGCAAGGUCAGCCUGGAGGGUCGAUUAUUCUGGAUGCGGGGAUGUACCAGGCGAAGGAGGUGGCGCUUAUAGUGAAGGCGCUUAAAGCGAGGACGAUUGACUGUGCACAGAGCAAGAGGGGGAAGGGGAGCAAAGGGCAGCGUGCUGUGAGAUUCUCGGGGGCCUCGGCUCAAUUUCUAUGGAAAUUCAUGGAGCCUUUUGUUUUGGAAGAAGUUAAGGAAGAGUUGAACCCUGUUGGAGGGGGUGGGAGUGGAGGAGGGAGGAGGGGAGGAGGGAGAGUGGGGUUGGGGAAGUUUACUGUGGGGGAGGGAGGGGUGGUGGUGGGUGAGGAGAAGUUUGUGGGCGGUGCAAAGGGUGUGGCGAAUGAGGGGGCUCGGGAGAGCGAAGAGGACCGGCGGGAAGGCUGGGUGAGCCUGACUCGGGCAGUGAAGGAGGCAAAGCAUGGAGGUUACGAUGAUAGUUGA